UUGGCUUUAUUUAAAUGCAAAAUAAAUAACAAGACUAAAGCUAAUCACCCUUUAGUUUAUAUAAAAUAGAUUAGUCCACUAACCUACUUGAGAUCGUUGGGAUUCGCUUCCGAUUCGUUCCAAACGAAAUACAAUUUAGUUUGCAAGCCAAAAAGUUAAUUUUACAUUUUAGGUCUAGACUCCAGUUAUCUAAUUUGACAAGUGAAGUAAGAGACUAAAACUGGUACAAAUAUAUAUAAUCUACUUUUUGGGUAAUAUUCUGCCUUUCAAACUGUUGACUUUGAAUAAGUGCAAUUUUAAACAAAAUAGUGUAACAAAAAGGCAAGCUCUUUCAGAACCUUUCGAUCAUUUGAUGGAUUCAGAACAGAACGUCUAUAGAGUCUAGAUCUUAUAGCUCGAGAUCCACUAUUUCUUGUUUAGUGUUAGACUAUUGGUCUAGUGACUAGUGAGUCGUGUUCUAGAUCUAUAUAGAGACAGAUAUAAGCAUUUUUUCAUUCGAUUGUCGACAUAGUUUUAUUCCAGUCUAAACCUUGACUAACUGCGAUUCUAACCAUAUUCAUAUCAUUUGGAUUGGAUUACUACAGAGUACAAAUUAUAUUAUUUAUAUUCAUAUUGUGACCUUGAAUCAGUAAUGGCUUUACUGCAGCAGUUGACUCGCCAAGUUCACUUCAAGUGCAUUCGUUCUCUGUCCUCACUCAGGUAUGAAGAUCUUCAAAUCACGCUCACCAGCAGUCCUUCCUCUAAGCCAGAUGAUAGCAAACUCAAGUUUGGAGCACACACGGCUGACCAUAUGCUUGAAGUGGAUUGGUCAGCUCAGUAUGGUUGGGGUGUUCCACAGAUCAAGCCAGUGGCUCCACUUCAGAUACACCCAGCUGCUAAAGUUCUGCAUUAUGCAGCAGAGCUCUUUGAAGGCAUGAAGGCUUACAGAUGUGUUGAUGGCAAAAUUCGAAUGUUUCGACCCACUGAGAACAUGAAGCGUAUGGGAAAGACAGCUCAACGUUCAGCCUUACCAGAUUUUGACCAGGCAGAAUUUUUGAAAUGCAUCAAAAAACUAAUAAGCAUUGACCAUGAGUGGGUCCCACAAUCCAAGAACUGUUCCUUGUAUGUUAGACCUACCUUCAUUGGAACUGAGCCUGCCCUAGGAGUGACAGCCUCCAACAUGGCCAAGUUAUUUGUCAUCACAGGUCCAGUUGGACCAUACUUUCCUACAGGCUUAAAACCAGUGAGUCUGCUGGCUGACCCAAAGUACGUCAGAGCCUGGCCAGGUGGCUGUGGUGGUUAUAAAAUGGGAAGCAACUAUGCUCCAACUGUGGCUAUUCAGAGCCAAGCAGUUAACAAAUAUGGCUGCCAGCAAGUGUUGUGGCUAUAUGGGGAAGAUCAUCAGAUGACUGAAGUUGGAACCAUGAAUCUUUUUGUUUAUUGGGUCAAUGAACAAGGAGAGGAGGAACUCAUAACACCCCCUUUGGAGACUGGGCUUAUUUUACCUGGUGUGACACGCAAAUCUCUUUUGGAACUAUCACGAGAGUGGAAUGAAUUUAAAGUCUCAGAGCAGACAAUGACCAUGAAGUCUUUUAUAAAAGCUUUGAAUGAAGGACGUGUUAAAGAAGUAUUUGGUGCUGGCACUGCCUGUGUUGUAUGCCCAGUCAGUAAAAUCCUCUACCUUGACCAAGAACUGCUGAUUAAGACAGACACAGAAAAUAGUCUGACACAGAGAUUUUUUAGUGAGAUCACUGACAUACAUUAUUAUCGUAAACCACACCCUUGGAUGGAGGCUAUUGACGAGGAUGUGGAGGAAACGAAUCUCAUGACAGAAUGCCAUAGUGUAAGUAUAUUUGUAUAUCUUGAUAACUUUUUUUUAAACAUCUGUGAUGAUGGCCCUGAAACUGUAUGCUGUUAGUAAAUAAAGGUGGGAUUUUUUUUUUAGCCUAUGAUGCUGGUGGUAGAAUGGAUCUAGAGAAAAGUAAAAUACAAAUUGGGUAUUUAUAAUUGUCUUGCCCUAAUUGAAUUUCAUAUUUGUUUUCAUAAUUUAAUAAAACACAAGAAUGAAAAAAAAAUGUAUCCUCAUGUUUCCAUACCCUUUCAUGGGCCAUAAAUCUCAUAGUAUUUAUUUCCUAAUACCUUUUUUUUAUUAAAACUUGUAGACAUUUCUAAAUUCAAAUGUCACUUUAUUAAUGACAGCUAUUGUAAUUUUAAAAGAAAUUUGUUUUUAAUUUAUAUUAAUUUAAUUUAUAUUAAUUAAUUUAUAUUAAAAACUAUUUUUAUGUCUAACUGUUCCAAAUGAUGAAUAAGUUAUUGAGAUCAGAACAACAAGUUGUGGGAUCAGUUAAUUCUUAUUGUUACUAUUUGAAACCAUUGUGGAGACAACAGCAUGAUCAGACUUUUUUUUUUUUAUGCAAUACCAUUUCUUCAAAUUUCUUUAUUUUCUUAAAUUGUUUGUUCUUAGCUUGGCUUAGGAAAACAAAAUUAAUUGAUUUCAAAUCAUUUUGUUUUAAUCAAGUAACAAUGUAUUGUGUUUGGCUUUAAUUGUGUUUGGCUUUAAUUGUUUUAUUAAUUAAUAAUAUUCUCUUUCCCGGUACAUGUUUAAAUAAUACCAAUGACCAUGACUUAAUAAGUUGGAACUAACAAACUGCUGUGCCAUUUAAAGACAAAUCCAAUUGAAUAUUUUUUUCACUACUCUCAGGUUUUAUAUUUCAAUUUAUUUUAUUCAUUAUUAUUUUGUAAACUUUGUUUUGUUUUAGCUAUCUGGCUAUUCAAAAUUGUACCAACAGAAUCUUCUGUAUGAAGGUUAAAGGUUAAAUUAAAAGGUUAUUAAUUACAGCAAAUAUAGACAUAUGGCUGAAAAGUAUUAUAUAUAUAUAUAUAUGAACAUUUACAUUUAUUUUUAACUGACUCUAAAUUACAAUGCUAGUAGCAGUCCAUUGUUGAUAAGAUAGAAAAAUAUCAAAGUUGUUUUGUUUGUACUUCUCCCAGUGAUGAAAUCAUUUACGUCCAACUUGAUAUUUUUGUUCCAAAUGAUCUACUUAUUGAGAGUAAGGAUCUCAGCAUAUCAACAUUGUUUUUGAUGAUGUGUGGUAGACUCACCUUCUGUUGGCUGUACAUAUGUGAUUGAAACGUUUGGAUUCCAGUGCCACAUUAAAUAUAAUUUUUGUUUACAUUGUCACAGAAUUUUUGUUUAUAGUGUUGAUGUUUCUAUACAAGUGAAUCUUUUAGUGGCCCUAUAAAAAUUAAAGCGUGCAAUCAAAAACAGAAAUUUCUGAUUGAUUUCAAUCAUGCUUUUUGUUUUAAUCUUCAAUUUGGUAACCCAUAUCUCAGUCCAUGCACACUGAUAUUGAUUCACCUUCCCAGGAUAUUACAGAAUGUGGUGUCAUGGUCAAUGUGUUUUGGGAUUUCCCAUUUCUUUCCUAUGUAGCAACUUAAAAUUUAAAAACAAAUGUGGUUACCUGUGUUGAUGUAACUUAAGUUAUGUAAUUCUAAGCUAAAAUGAGUGCUGUAGACACUUUAUAAAUUUUUUUUUAAAUAGGUGAGAUAUUGUUAACUUAUGGAUUGCUCCUGCUGGAAGUUUAGGUCAGCAAUUCAUUUUGUUUCCAAUGAAACAUCAUCUACUUAGAAUUUGUUUUUAGGACUAUUAGGACUCAAGCAUUUGAUUUCAGAAAUUUGAAAAAUGUGGGCAUUUUGGUAAAAUUUGAGAACAAUUAAAAUAUAUUUCAAUUCAAGUGGCACUAAUCAGGAUGUUUGUUCUUAACUUUUUAAAUUUGAACCAAAUUAAUUUUUGUAUAAUAAAAUUGUUCCAAUGACUGAUUACUUUGUUUUGGGAAGAAACUCUUAUGAGGAUUGCUGUGGGAACAGUAAAACUUAUCCACUUUGAUUGUUAAACAGUAUGAUUACUUUGAUUCAAAAUAAAAUGUAAAUCCAGUCAAUUAGACUUUUGACAGUAUUAAUUUGUUAUCUACCUGUAACAAAAAACGCUUUUUAAAAAUGUUUUUUUUUUUUAACAUUUUGAGACUUAGACUUAACACAAUGUUACUAAGUAUUCACUUUGUUUCAUCGCUUAAUAGACCUUCAUAUUUUGCUUAGGUUUUAUAUUGGUUCAUUGUUUGUUCAAUAUUGUUACUGUUUGAUCAACAAAUAAAUUGUAAAAGAAUUUUUUUUUAUUUGCCUUGAAACACAGCUUUGAUGUUAGUUGUUCACCUAACUUUUUUUUGUUCUGCAGUUUCACUUCAGGCUUUUAGUUUUUAAAUAUUUGUUUUGAAACAGUUCCUAUGCUCUGUUCACUUGGCACUCACUAGACAUCAGUUUACUUGACAUCUCUUGACUUUAGGAGUGGCACUAUUUCUUCUGUCUAGUUUGGUGUGCUCUCAGACUGUGCCACAAGUAUCUACAAAACGAGAUGCCAUCUCUUAAUGCACACUAAAGACAAGUGUGAAUGUUUCUUUGGACUAGAGUGCAGGCCCCAUGACAGUUUCUUAAGACUAGAGUCUCCCAUUUUGCAGGCCCCAUGACAGUGUCUUAAGACAGAGUCUCCCAUUUUGCAGGCCCCAUGACAUUGCUUGCUAUGAUCUAUUGCAUUGUUUGUACAAAACAUUUGGUCACUGUUUUAAAAGAAAGUCACUCUGGAAAAGUGAAUAAUUUCUCCCCAUUUUGUUUCCUACAAUAAACAAAACCAACAUGUUCUGUCUAUGAAAUGCAAAUAUUGCCAUAAAAAUGUAUGAUCAUUACUCAGUUUGAAUAUUUGAAUUUCUGUUGUUAAUGCUGGGAUGUUUCCAUUAGCACUAUAAACCUGAAUGCUUUUUAUGUUUUAACCAGAAAUUUGAUACUUAAUAUAUCUUGACCUGUUGAGACAACUUAUGAUUAGCUUAUUAUAUUCAUAUAAAUAUGUACAUGAUGUAAAAAAAAGUUGUAUUGAUAUAAAGUUAUCCACUUAGAUCUAUAUAAAGUUAUCCACUGAGAUCUAUAUAAAGUUAUCCACUUAGAUCUAUAUAAAGUUAUCCAUUUAGAUCUAUCUAAAGUUAUCCAUUUAGAUCUAUCUAAAGUUAUCCAUUUAGAUCUAUCUAAAGUUAUCCAUUUAGAUCUAUCUAAAGUUAUCCAUUUAGAUCUAUCUAAAGUUAUCCAUUUAGAUCUAUAUAAAGUUAUCCAUUUAGAUCUAUAUAAGUUAUCCUUUUAGAUCUAUAUAAAGUUUUCCAUUUAGAUCUAUAUAAAGUUAUCCAUUUAGAUCUAUAUAAAGUUAUCCACUUAGAUCUAUAUAAGUUAUCCACUUAGAUCUAGCAAUCUAGAUCCAGUUUUGUGACUUGUUCAUUAAACAGAAUGUACCAAUAUGUAUUUCCUAGUUCUGGGUAACACUAAACUCUGUAGCACAUAGUUGAUUAUUUCACACAUUGAUUGAAGUCUUAUUAUCUUGAUGUACAGUAUUACUAAAUAAACUAGUUUGAAUAA